GUUUUGGUCUCUGGAGAAGCAUGCAAAUGAUCUGAAGUAGGCAUGGCAUUCCUUGCUCUACCUGUACAGCGCAUGCAUUUAAUCCAGAUGGACUCAGUCCAGCGUUGGAUGGAAGACUUGAAAUUCAUGACAGAUUGUGAGUGCAUGUGUAUUCUUCAGUCCAAACCAAUCAGCAUAGAAGAAGAUGCACAGAGUGAAUUUUCUCUUUCAUCACAACAGAGUGCCUGUGACAACUUGCAGUUGUUGCUGAAAAGAGCUUGGAUUAUAAGCACCGAGCUGACCAAAAUUGUACAGAAAUUAGAGAAGAACAGAUGGCAAAGGGUUCAUAGCAUGACAGUAAGGGUCAACUGUCACGUACGUUCAAUGAUCAGUGAAUACAACACAUUUACAAGGAAUUCGUGGGAUGAAAUGCACCAGUAUGAAAAAAUGCUGGUGGAAAAAUGUUCAGAACUUACAACAGUUACUGAAAGGUGCAUACAGAUUGAAGAUGAACAAAUAUUAAAGUCAAUGAAAUCUUGUAUUAAUGAUACACUGACCACAGUUGCACAAUAUUUUGGCCAAUUGAUAGAACUAGCUUUAACCCAUGAAAUAAAGAACCUGGUGAGGGAAAUAGAUUCAUCAGAUAACCUCUAUUCUGCUGAAUCAGCUACAAGCAAUUUAUUCAGUCUGACCCAGGAAGGCUCUCAUUUGUGUCGCAUCAUUGCUCAGGAAGGAGGGAUUGUUGCUCUCUUUAAGAUCUGCCGACAGGAUUGCUUCAGAGGCCUAUAUCCUCAGACACUCAGGACCCUGGCAUCCAUAUGUUGUGUGGAGGAAGGAAUCCAACAACUGGAAAAGGUUGAUGGAAUAUUGUGCUUAACUGACAUCCUUACAGACAGUACCCACUCCCAAGCUACCCAUGCUGAAGCAGCAGCGGUAAUAGCUCAGAUCACAUCUCCUCACCUCACUUUCACUCAACAUCUUGGCAGUUUCCUUGAGAACAUGGAGGAGAUUGUCUCAGCACUUUUGAAACUGUGCCAAGAGGCCACAUCUGGAGAGGUUUUCCUGCUGGCUUCAGCUGCACUUGCCAAUAUUACAUUUUUUGAUGCGAUGGCCUGUGAGAUGUUGCUUCAGCUGGAUGCAGUGAAAAUUCUAAUAGCAGCUUGCUGUGACAAACAGAAAGUAGAUAGCCCCUAUUCCCGGGACCAGGUUGUGACAAUAUUAGCAAACAUGUCUGUCCUGGAUCAGUGUGCUUCAGAAAUAAUCCAAGGGAAUGGUGUUCAGGUUUUAAUGGAAAUGCUCUUUGAGAAAUCAUCAUCUGGGAAUCCAGCAGAAGCAGCUGCCUGUGAACGAGUUCAGCAAAAAGCUGCAGUUACGCUUGCCAGGCUGAGCCGUGAUCCUGAAGUGGCACAUAUAGCCACAAGCCUCAGUUGUAUCCCACGUCUCAUAGAACUUUGCAGGUCUCCUUCUGAAAGAAAUAACAGUGAUUCUGUUCUUGUCGCAUGUCUGGCAGCGUUGCGCCGACUAGCUGUGAUGAGCCCUGAUGGCCUUCAAGAAUCAGACUUUCAGCAGCUGGUAAAGCCCAGGCUUGUGGAUUCCUUUCUGCUUUGUACCAACAUGGAAGAGAGUUUUGUAUAAAGUUAUCACAAUUAUUCCAAACAAAGCCAUUCAUUGUGAAGUUGAUGGCUUUCACGGCUGGCAUCCAUAGUUUUGUGUGGGUUUUUCGGACU